GGCCGUCGAUGUAUAACCUCAAAAGGCACAAUUAUUUUGUAAGGAGCAAGAAUAAAAUUUUUAUGCGUAUUAUUAAUGUACUAUAGCAGACAUGGAGCUUACUGAAAAUUUGGAUUCCAAGACAAAUGUUUCGCAAACCGAUUACGUUGACCAGAAAAAGACGGACGAAGUGUUGAGUCUUAUUCCUGGAUAUGAAACAUUCGCCGAGUACCUUCAGGAAACGUAUGAUGCGUUAAGAGCUGGAAUCAAGUCUGCUAACAAUCUGCCUGCUGGAGACAAUUUCAACUAUUAUGCUUGCUUUCCGAGUUUUAACAAUGCCAGAAAAAAAGAUAUUAAAAUAAUACUGACCACUAUGCAAAAGAUAAUAAAACUAGCAGGAGGUUCUGAUAAUAUUGAGAAUCGAGAUGUGGGAGAAAAGUUUGACCUCUUACUAGAAACAAAUGACUUAUUGUUAGACCAAGCUAACAUAUUAAUGGAUGAAGAAAGUGGUAUUACACGCAACCCCCAAGUAGAACUGAUUGUGUCGCAAAUGCCAAAGCUAUUAAUGAAUGGCAGUUGGAAUACAAGAAUUGUCAGCGAAGAGUCUAACAGUUCUGAGAAAGUGCGAUUGUUAGGUGGAAAAAAUGUGCAGAGACCACAGUUGAUGUUUAAAGAUAAGAUUGACAAUAGUUCUAAGCCAUGGGUACCUCGUAUUAAGGACAAACCAAACUCUUUAAAACCUUUAGAGCUUUAUGUCGAAAUAACUGAACUUGGAGAGAUUUUUAAUCAUCCCUAUGAAUUCGAGUUGGACAAAUUUGAAACACCAGAGUGCCAAUUGCGGAAAACGACACCAGUAAAGUACAAGUCGCUGGAGAGCACUAAUUACAAAUACAUCGAGAAACCAUCUGAUAUCAAAAUCCUCCUGGAAGAUCUGAAAAAUCAUAAAGAAUUGGCCAUUGACUUGGAACAUCAUUCCUACAGAACGUUUCAAGGCAUAACGUGUCUGAUGCAAAUUUCGACAGUGGACACCGAUUAUAUAAUUGACACUUUAGCACUGCGAUCGGAAUUGCAUCAACUUAACGAGAUCUUCACGAAAUCUUCGAUUCUUAAAGUUUUCCAUGGUGCCGACAUGGAUAUUUUGUGGCUUCAAAGAGACCUGUCGUUGUACGUGGUGAACAUGUUCGAUACUCAUCAAGCCGCGAAACAGCUCAACUUGCCUUUUCUCAGUUUGUCUUAUCUGUUGAAAAAAUAUUGUAGUAUAGAUCCCAGUAAACACUUUCAGUUAGCCGAUUGGCGUAUAAGGCCCUUACCAGAGGAAUUGAUAAAAUACGCGCGAGAAGAUACGCACUAUUUGCUAUACAUAAAGGACAUGUUGAAGAACGAACUGAUCGAUGCGGCCAACGGCAUGAACAAUCUCUUGAAGGCUGUGUACGAUCGCAGCACCGACAUCUGCAAACGAACGUACACGAAACCAAUUUGGACGAAAGAAAGUUGUAUGAACAUGUACAGAAAGAGCCAAAAAGCGUUCAACAACAAACAAAUGUACGCUCUACUGGAGUUGCACAAAUGGCGAGACAUCACCGCGAGAGAAGAAGAUGACAGUAUCGGUUAUGUGUUGCCGAACCACAUGCUGCUCAAUAUAGCCGAGACAUUGCCGCGCGAAAUGCAAGGCAUUCUGGCGUGUUGCAAUCCAAUCCCGCCGUUGGUGCGACAAAACUUAUUGAAAUUACAUAAAAUAGUGGUGAAAGCGCGGGAGCAGCCGCUUAUAACGACUGUUCCGGAACAAGAUAUUCGACAGAACAGAUCGAUACAGCAAAACAACACGAUAGAUUCCACGUCUUUGUACAUGCCGCACGACAUACCGAGCGGCACAGAAGAGAGAGCGGAUCUGCCUUGUCUACUGGAUAAGAACGGUUUGCUACAGAGAACGAAAGUCAAACCACACGUGACAAUGAAGCACACCGUGACAGUAUUUGAUAUGCCAAUUACAUCAGAGGACAAAAACGCAAAAGACGGUGAGAAAAAGGCUAUAUUCGUGAGUCCGUAUAUGAGAUACAAAUGUGUGAUACCGAUGAUAGUUGAACACGAGGCAGAGGAACGAGAGAGACAACGAAAGAAGGAAGAGGAAGAAGAAGAAGAGGAAAGAAAGCUCGCGACUGUGAAGGUCGAAGAAAACGUAGACGCUACGAUCAACGAGAGCAAAGAGAGAGUUUACGAACACUUCAAACAGAUAUCUCAAACAAUGAACGAGACAUCCGCGACCCCGUCCAAAAAGAAGAAAAAAUCGAAAAAACUAGUCUUGGGUCAAAUGCACGGUAGAAAGAGAAAGAGAGAAUCUAACAUCGGUCGCGAUAAUCAGGAAAUGAGCGACAAUGGCCAAUUUACUGUGCCAAUCCCAUCUCCGGACGUUCAAGUCGUACGCAAGUCUAAGAAAGUAAAAAAAGAAGAAACGAUUGUAAAUGAGAUACAAGAGAAUACGCAAGUUCCGAGUGCUGAUGAUACUGAAAACAUUAAAUCCCUAAGAGGUAGGAAAAAACGCGAGAAGAAACAGUACAAAAAGCUAUUGGAGCAACAAGGUAUGUUACCUUCAAACAACUUUGACUACAAAUCAGUAGAUUUCAGCAGUUUCCAGGGCGGUAGUACACAAGACAACGCGAAUCAAACACAAUUUCAGCAGUCCCAGAAAAAAGAAAAAUACAAGAAGCGAAAGAAGCAGAAGCGUUGUGCAUAAAUUGCAUAACACGACAAAUAACACGAUUUCUUUCUGGAUUUUUGUUCUUAUUGAAUUGUUACUUAUUGCAGAAAGAAGUGAAAUGUUUAUAUUAUAUAAAAACGACAGUAAACUCUCGUAGCUUGUUCUAACGUUCGCUGCAAUUUUUAUACACAGUACCGAACUCCAUUAACUGAUGUCGAGCACGCAGGACCGUGCGCGUGCGAUUCUUCCCAGAAAUUAGAUUUGAGUGCAUCCCGAAGCACAACCGCUCACUCAACGCUCAGUGAGCGAUCGCUAUUUGAGCGUAGUUUUGCAUCAUCACUCACUUCGCUUAUACUCUACAGCUCUUUGAAUUUAAUAUUCCUAAAAGUUGCUAACUAGUAUAAUUUUUGUGUUGUUAAUUUUUAUCUUUUAAUUGGUAAGUUAAAUUAUUUUUUAUUGCAAACAAUUGAAAAAUGAAUUUAUUAAACAGUUAGAUACUGUUUCAGACUCUAGAAAAAGCGUGUGGUAAAUAAUCAGAAUCGAUUCUCUCGAUCUUGAUUGUUGCUACUUUUUUACUGUCAAAGCUGAUUAGACGUCUCGGUGACGUUUCUAUGAUGUGUUUCUCGAUUCAUGUACAAAUGUGUACUAGCUGUCAUCGCGGUGACGGAACACGCUGAAAUAAAAAUAA